AUGGAGACGCAUAUCUCGUGCCUGUUCCCGGAGCUGCUGGCCAUGAUCUUCGGGUACCUGGAGGUGCGGGACAAGGGCCGGGUGGCGCAGGUGUGCACGGCCUGGCGGGACGCCGCCUACCACCGGUCGGUGUGGCGGGGCGUGGAGGCCAAGCUGCACCUGCGCCGCGCCAACCCGUCGCUCUUUCCCAGCCUGGCUGCCCGGGGCAUCCGGCGGGUGCAGAUCCUGUCGCUGCGCCGCAGCCUGAGCUACGUGAUUCAGGGCAUGGCGGAGAUCGAGAGCCUCAACCUCAGCGGCUGCUACAACCUCACCGACAACGGGCUGGGCCACGCCUUCGUGGCGGAGAUCAGCUCGCUGCGGGCGCUCAACCUGAGCCUGUGCAAACAGAUCACCGACAGCAGCCUGGGCCGCAUCGCCCAGUACCUCAAGGGCCUGGAGGUGCUGGAGCUGGGGGGCUGCAGCAACAUAACCAACACGGGCCUCCUGCUCAUCGCUUGGGGCCUGCAGCGCCUCAAGAGCCUCAACCUACGCUCCUGCCGCCACCUCUCUGACGUGGGCAUCGGGCACCUGGCGGGCAUGACCCGAAGCGCGGCCGAGGGCUGCCUGGGGCUGGAGCAGCUCACGUUGCAGGACUGCCAGAAGCUCAGUGACCUCUCGCUCAAGCAUCUGGCCCGCGGCCUCACCCGCCUGCGCCAGCUCAACCUCAGCUUUUGUGGGGGGAUCUCAGAUGCGGGGCUGCUGCACCUGUCGCACAUGAGCAGCCUCCGCACGCUGAACCUGCGCUCCUGCGACAACAUCAGUGACACAGGCAUCAUGCACCUGGCCAUGGGCAGCUUACGCCUCUCAGGCUUGGAUGUCUCCUUCUGUGACAAAGUGGGGGACCAAAGCCUGGCCUAUAUUGCACAGGGCCUCGAUGGGUUGCGCUCACUUUCCCUUUGCUCUUGCCACAUCAGCGAUGAGGGCAUCAACCGCAUGGUGCGCCAGAUGCACGGACUGCGCACUCUCAACAUUGGCCAGUGUGUCCGCAUCACCGACAAAGGCCUGGAGCUCAUCGCCGAGCACCUCAGUCAGCUCACGGGCAUUGACCUCUACGGCUGCACCCGCAUCACUAAAAGGGGCCUGGAGCGCAUCACUCAACUGCCCUGCCUCAAGGUGCUCAACCUGGGACUCUGGCAAAUGACUGAGAGCGAAAAGGUCAGGUGAGAGGAGGGGACACCCGGAGACCUCCACCCCUCCGGAGGGACUCGCCAACUGACUGCUGCAGUGGAGGAAAGAAAGAAAGGAGGAUAUGCCUCCAACACUAGAGAGUGAGAGAGAGAGGGGAGGGAGGGGGGAGGAGAAAGUAUCCCCAGUACUUGCCUGCCUGUCCUUGCAGACAGUGGAGGUGAGGAAAAGGGGACAUCCACCAUUCUUUCAUAAUUCCUUCCCUUGCACUGGAGGGAGAACUGCACUCUAUAUCAGCCUUCACUGUGGAUGGAUACAGUAUCACUGUCUUUACCUUUUCUAUUGGGAAUGCAGCUUCUCAAUCUUUUAUGCACUGGGGAUGAAUACAGCCCCUUUCUCCAAAUCUGAUUCCACCCCCUUCUGCACUAGGGAUGGAAGAAGAAAACCUAGCCCGUUAUUAUUAUCAUCUUUUUUUAAAAAAACAAACCCUGAAGACCUGCUCUUUUUAGAGCAAACAAGUCUCUUCCUUUUCCAGUCUGUUUCCAUUACGCUUGUCCACCAAUUCCUGCUAUGCUUUUUGUAGGCAGUCACCCUUUAUGCAGUAUAUAAACAACCUGUAGAUAACAGAGGAAGCUGCUUUAUACUGUCAGAUGAUGUGAUCAUUCUAGCUCAGUAUCCUCUAGUAUACACUGACUAGCAGCAGCUCUCCAGGCCCUCAAACAGGAGUCUUUCCCAGCUCUAUCCUUCUACCUCUCUUCUGGGCCAGAAUCCUCUGUCAUUCUGUCCUUCCUGCUACCCUUUUUCCUGUGCUUGAGGCUAGAAACGUAAAGCCUUUUAUAUUUCCCUCCUGAGCAGGUGAUGUUCCUUUGACACGGCACUGUAAUUGGAGUGUCAACUGAAGUGCACUCAUUUUGCUCACUGUUGCUUGGAGAAGACUGGGGAGGGGGCAUCAAACCACAGUAUUUCUCCCAGAGACCUAUUUUAUGCUGUAUCCAACCCACUUCAUCACCAUCUUUCCUUUGCUGCCAAAACCUCUACAGAGGUUGAAGAUACCUUUGUCAAAUAUUUUACCAUCAUUUCCCAUAUGCUUAUUCCCUUCCUUAUUUCAUCUUUUUGGCCCUCGUAGUUGGGGAUUUUAAACAAAACACAUAUCUAGCCACACGCCUCUUCCAUUUGGAGGAUUGGAGACAGGAACAAUAGAAAUAAUCUUUACUUGUAGUUUCAAUAGAGAUACUGUGACUGGCUUUUAUUUAGCAAUGCAUAACCCACACACCACCCCUCCCUUACUCUUUCCUAAAGUCUUGUGACUGAUCUCAGCUUUUUAAUUCAUUCUCUCUUCCAUACUCAUCUUCGUACAUGGUUUAAUUUUGAAAGACAUUUGAAGUGGCUGUUCUUGUGGAUUUUAAGUACACUUUUUUUCUGCUGAAUAUAUUCUCUCUAUAUAAAUGUUUGGCUACCUCGGGUUUUUGAUUUUUAUUUGUUCUCCCCCCCCCCCCGCCCCCAGCUCUGGAAUUUUUACAAGAAAGAUAAGAGACUGAAAUAUUUUUGUGCCUAGACUGGAAAGAUAUCCCUUGGGUUUAUGAUUUGGAGGGGGGCGGGGUGAGGAAAGGAAAGGAAAGGCUGGUUGGAGUUUCUUUCCCUUAUGUCCCACCAAUACAUUAUCGUUGUGCCUCUCCCUCUCUAUUUUUGAGACAGUGUUCUUGCAUUUCUAUUCUUGUAGCACAAAAACGUGUAACAUGUGUGAACGUCCAAACUGAUAAUUGGGCUAUGGUUAAAAGAAAUGUGAAGUAGAAACUCUGUUUCUUUAAAUAUAUGCAAAUUCCCACCUCCCCUUCUCUCAAAUUACCUAGGUUAAGUAAGAAGCUUCCUGUGUGGAAGUAGAAAGAGGAGCAAGCAGAACAGACUGACUUGUGGUUGCAACAUGAAUAGGAAAAGUCAAUUUCAUGUGGUGUUUCUGUUCUGUCAUUAAAGUAAAGCCACUUCUUGAUGCUGGCCUUUAAAAGGAGGAAUAAGACAGCGUUGAAGAAAGCAAAAAUGAUGGGGGGGAGGGGAGAAGGGGCAGUUGUGCAGAUUUUCCAAUCCUCCACAGUUGCAGGUCAUGGGAUUCAGACAAGCUCAGACACACAACCCCAUCAUGGAAUAAAUGUACUGUUUGUGAAUUUGUAUAAAAUUAAAGAUCCUCUUAAAACAUUUUAUAUUCUUACAGUAAAAGGUUAAACUGAUAUUUAUAUAAUAAAAGAGGAAAUAUGAAGUA